AUGCAGGAGCACAUUCGCCGUGCCCAUCCCAGCCACUACAUCCCCAAGCUUCCGGCGACCGAAGAGAGCUUCCGGUUGAUGAUUUUUACCCCUCCAGAGUCGAGGCCUCCUCCUAACACCUCACAUCCCCGGCGGGGUCCUGGCGAUCCCGGCGAUAGAGAUAUUUUCGGUGGGCCCGAUCGAAGCUCCCCCAUGACCCCUCGCACCCUUGACGAAGCUCACCCUGCAGCUGCCACGGCAGCUGUCGCAUUGGCACAACUCCACCACCAUCGAUUGACCUCCGAUUGGGAUUCUGAGCCGGUUCGAUAUGCAUUCUGA